CUUUUAUUUAAUUGAAGUCCCAGAUUGACUUUUGAUUAAUAGUCAAACCUUAAAAGGUUCUCUGAGAGAACAAAACUUGAAAAGGUGAGACUGAGAGUAAAUGGUGUAGAGUAGUACUUGGACACUCAUAUUUCUACUGGUCCUAAAAUAUAUCUGAACAUGGAAUGGAAUUCAGAACUCCAUGAUAAGGAGUUGGUGUCCAGGGUGUUGAUGUCACACAGCCUCUGGCCUGACAGGCGUAGAAGUUGGAGCUGGACAGUGGCUGUACAUUUUGGUAGCUCUCAUGGAGACCAUGCAUCUAAAAGCAAGCUCUUCAGACUUACAUCUUAAUUACUCCUAACAGGGAUAAUUAGAAUUUUCUUUCUCAAAUUAAAAGUUUGAGAAAUUCCUGAUAAGAUGUACUAUUCCCUGAAGUUUAUAUUAAUUACAAUUUUUUUUUACUGCCGGCCUUCAUCAAGCAUGGACGACUUAGACACUAAUAAAGCUCAGUCUUCUAAAGUCAACACGAUAAUUACGUUCUGCAUUGGUGGCAGUAUCCUGGUGGCCAUUCUUGUGCUGAUGGGUGUUGUCAUCUGUCUUUACUACAAAAUAUCCGACGCAAUGAAACCUUCAAAGGCACCUCUUUGUUUGGCCUUAAAGAGUAAUCCAGCCAUGCUCACUCAGGACAAGGUCGCCGCGGCUGCAGCCCUCACCACUGGGUCCUAUCCCAACGUCCAGUGCUGUGACGAAUGUAGCUUGUAUGCUGACUAUGACCGCCUGCCACCGUGCUUCUGUGACGUAAAUGAGGGACUCUGACUUGGGUGGGCACAAAUAUCUUCAUGCGCAGUAUUUCUUUUUGUAGAAUUAUUAUUCAAGCCAAGUUUUAUAGUGUUUACACGCUCUAUUAUAGAACAUAUUUAUGUACUUCUGAAUAAAUGCAGUACUGAAAAUAA